UAAAAAAAAAACAAACACGAGUAGCUUUUGAAAAAUUUGUUAAUUAUAUUUUUAAUCCACUGACAUAAUGAGCCUAGAACAACAGUCGCCCAUUGAUCCACGCAAUCCCCAUGGCCUGGGAGAUCCAAAUGACACAUCGUUGCGCAAGGUGGAGCGCGAAGUAUUAAUACCAAAGAUAAUGCGAGAUCGUGCACGCGAUGAGUUCUGCUCCAAGGAGGUGGCUGACUUUGAAGAGUGCUGCAAAGCUAGCAGUAUCCUUAUGGUCGCCACUUGUAGAAAACAAAACUCGGCGCUCAGGGAUUGCCUGACCCGAUGGUAUCAAAACGAAGCGUUCAAAGACGAAUGCAAGGCGAUUUACCUGCAGGAGCGCUCGGAUUAUCGCAGUACCGGUAUACCCAAGAAGCAUCGCGUGCAGAAAAUGUAGUUUAAGUUGAUUAUUGUUUUUGUUUAGUUUGCACAAAUGAAGUGUAGUUAAAGCGACGUAUCACAGUCUCCUCUAUGGU